AUGAUCUCUGCCGCUCACAAAUGGCGGAUAUUCGAUGAGAAUCUGGGCAGUCGAGAUGACCACCGGUCAAGCGGAUCGCGCCUCCCUUCGCCCUUUCGCAGAUCUCGCACCAGCAUAUCACCUUCAGGAAGGUCGCGCUCGCCUUCGUCGCGGCCAGGAUCGCCUGGAUUGGGCAACGCGAAGGCACCUGAGCUCCUGUCGCAAUGCAUCUCCGUUCUAUCAUCCAUCGUCCUCGAAGACGGCAGGUUCAAGUUGAACCGCUAUACGCCUUCCCGUCCGCCAAAUACUCUGCAAGCUGUCACUCUCGACAUCGCUCAAUACUUGCUCUACGUUACCCGACAUGAACCGAAGACGAUGUGCCAAGUCGGGAUGGCUAUGAUCCCAGCUUUUUCAACAUUCCCUUCGGAAAUGCACCCUCGACUGCUGGUCUUCUUCGACAGCCUAAUCCGUGUAGUUUUGGAGGAUCUCAGCCUUGCGCAGGGAUUGGCUGAGGUGUUAGGAUCUACUGAAGGUCUCCUCUCUACGAUGGCGCCCGGUCAGGAGUCUACUGUUUACUACCUCAGCGCGCUCGUAUCGCCACUGCUCGCAGCCAUCUUCGAAUGCGUCGAUAUGGAACCCAGGGCGGAUGGUCGGAACGAUAUCGUGUACCGCGUCUACUACCUUUUCCGCCAUAUUGUCGACAGCAAGCCGGACGCCUACCUCGACAUACUCAGCGUCAUUGCAUACCACACGCCCCGCGCGCGUCGCACUGCCGUUCACGCCAUGCUAUCCCUCUGGGGCCGCGCGAUGGGGCAUCUCACCAUUUCACGCCCAGAACCAGUACCCGGCGCACCGGACGACGCGAACGCCUUCCUCCUAGACCAUCCCUACGCGCAUCACUUCGCGCCCUGGCGUUUCUCCGGCCGCGAAUGUCAUGCUUGCCACCAAGCCAUUGACGGCUUCGGCGUUUUCUGUGCGCUCUGCCACUGCUCAGUUCACUUCGACUGCUACGACCAUCCGCGGGGCAGCCACUUGUGCCAGUACUCCCUCGCGGGCGAUGCAGGUCGGACGAAAGUUGCAAUGUAUCGCUUCUGCGACGUGCUGAGCGGCUCGAACGCGGUGCAGCCAUACGCCGUGCAAUUGCGAAGACAUACGUUCCGCUACGCGAACCUAUUCACGCUGUGUCUCUGCUUCGUGUGUCGAAGACCGCUGUGGGGGUGCGUAGCUCAAGGCCUACGAUGCGUAUCCUGCGCACAAUUUGCGCACGCGGACUGCAUCCUGAACGGCUCGCGCGAGGACAUUCUUCAAUGCAGAAAAUUCCGCGUUGAUUCGACAUUCAUACAUAUUGACAUUGCGGAGCUGCGCGCCUCUUGUCUGGAUUUCUAUGGCGGUAUCCUGACCAUGGACGAUGGGGCGCUUAACCUAUGUGGAUACGAGGAGGUCUCGGUCUUCUAUGGUCAUCUGUGGUCCCAGCUGCAAAUCCUGGAUCGCGGCAUUGGGAUGGGCACGAUCGUCGUCGAGUCCAAUGGCAAGACGGUCGACCGCGCAGAUCCUCGCCUAUCCUUCGAGCUUCACACCAUGGUCGGACUUUGCCAGUCGCUCCUUGAAAGCGGGGGCUUGCCAGUAUCGGAGAGCUUGUCUGACUUCUUCCAGGAGAAUCACGCCUCGAUGCCCUCGCCUGCGCUCUUCUUCGAAUGGAACAGCCUCAUCUACGUGACAACCCUCCUCAAGUCGCCUAUCGCACUGAGCCGUAGCCAGCCCGGCGUGGCACCCUCUGGGUUCCUCAAUGUUUCGCCUGCCAUGGACAUUGAUGAUGCCACGCAAGAGGAACAGCACCCGUACGAGGCCGUCCGUGUCGCUUACAUGCGGGACAUCCUCGGCUACGAGCUCAACACCCGUUACGAUACCGCCGCGCGCUGGCUGCUCGAGCAUAUGCACCAGCUUGGACUGUUCGACCGGGUGGACAAGAAGCCCCGCCUGACGAUCGAGAGGGAAGAAGAGAAGGACGUGGUCUGCGUGUUUCCGCUGCCAUUAGGACUGGACAUUUCGACGUCCGUGGAGACCUUGGUGUCGGCGAUCGAGGCGUGCUUGACGGACAUCGACUUGUCGGUGAACGAGGCUGGCUUUUUGCUGCUGUUGCGGAGGUUCCCUCCGGAUGGCAUGUUGUCGAACUAUGCGCAGAAGCGGCUAACGCGCUCGCUGGUGAUGUGGAUUAUUGCAGAGGAUGCCAUGUAUGCCACCAUCCUUCGCGACUUCGUCGCGCGACGAAGGGCGCUGCCUGGCGUCAGGUCGGGACAAGACCAGCCACCGUGGCCCGUCUCUCGUGAUGCCCGCCCUUACCAGAAUAGCUCGGGCAACAGCGCAGGAGACUACGUCGCCUGCCGAACCUCACUGCUGCGGCAAUACGCAAAACCUUGGCUAUCGGCCUUGCAUGAUCAAGAUCCAGCGUUGUACUGCGCCUACAUCUACGAUAUCUGCAUGGACGCUGCACAAGAGGAUAGCAGAUCCGCCGACGCCGUAGUUGCACCUGACGAGGCCAAGAGGAAGCUGGUGGAGAGGCACAACACUGCCUUGUACCAUAUCGACAAGCUGUCGCAAGCUUCGGUGUUAUUCGAUAUCGCGGACCAUCUCUUCGUCGAUUGGUUGGAUGCGGUCGUCGCUCAGCAGCUCUUCCGGGAGGCAAGUGACGUCCCUUCCACCAUCUCAAUAAGCUGCUCGCUCGAGAUGCGGACAGCUUCAGGCGAAGUACGAUCAACGAUAGUUUCGAGCUGUUCCAUACAGUCAGCAGCAACCGCCGCGCCUGAUUCAUUCCCUCGAGUGCUGCGCUGGCUGUGCACGCUGGCACGCUCUGGAGUGGAUGUACCGAUCCAGACGUACAUCCGAUUCACAGAGGUGGCGAUCGCAGCAGACGUCUCGAUGGAAGAUGCGACCGUCCUCGUCAAUGCGGUGUACUCCUCGGCAUGGCUACGUUCUACGGGCAGGCACGAGCAGCAACGAGUGUUCGGAGAGCUGCAUUCUCAUCUGUCUGAUCAUAUCGUCGACUGCCUGAAGCUGGGGAAGGACAUGGAAGUAAUGUGA